UUGCGUUCUGUACGUACAGGAAGCUAUACUGUGCGUGGCAAAACUGGAAGUUAUUUAAGUUGAUUGUGUGGCGAUUUGUAACGGUUAAGUUUUAACUUAUAUCUAACAUGAGAGCGUUGUUGUUACUCACAGUCGUAGCUGCCGCAGUGGCGUACCCAAGCCCGUACCCGUACCCACGCCCACAAGAAUCUGAGUGUAACCAGUUCUGUCCCCUCGACUACCUACCCAUCUGUGGCAUCAACUCUGACGGAUACCUCAAAACUUUUGGGAACCCGUGCUUUCUGAAGGUUGAAAACGACUGUAAUGGAGGAGAUUACGAGUACCUUUACUGUGGUAUUUGUAACACAAGGACAUUUACAGCUAGAAGAUAAAACACAUUGGGUAUUGUAUUAGAGCGUAAUAAAAGAUAUUAAAUUAA